CCUAGCUCGAGUCCGAGCAAGUUGGUCGGAACCCUAUUAUUUAUUCCUCCUCUUCCUCUCCGAACUGUUCCGGUCGCGAACAUGGCGCUUCUCACCCCGCUCUCCCAUUUCAAACCCCUCCUCUCCCUCCCCUCUCCAAACCCCUCCCAAAACCCUAACCCUAACCCUAACGCUUCCCCCUCCUCAUUCCUCUCCCUCCGCCGCCCUCCUCCUCCCUUCCGCAUCCGAUGCUCCGCCAACCACGGCGGCUACGGCGAGGACCGCGUCGCCCCUCCGCGGCCGCAGGAGAUCCCCUGGAGCAAGGAGCUCGCCAACUCCGUGCGUCUGAUCGGGAUCGUCGGCUCCCCCGUCCAAAUCAAGCACCUCAGCAGCGGCAAAUCCGUCGCCUGGACCCGCCUCGGCGUCCGCAAAUCCGCCGCGGAAACCACCUGGGUGAAUCUAACGUUUUGGGACGAGUUGGCGCACGCGGCGUUCCAGCAUGUGGAGAAGGGCCAUCAGGUGUUCGUUUCCGGGCGGCUCGUCUCCGAUGUCGUCGCCGAGGAGGACGACGAGAAGCGGCAGGUUUAUUACAAGGUAGUAGUUCAGCAGCUGAAUUUUGUUGAGAGGAGCUUCCCGCCGGUGUCGCUCUAUGAAUCAGAGGGAAACACGGUGUCUUCUGGUGAGAAAGUUGGAAAAUUUGAUGGUAAUUCUUCUAACUCAACCGAGGAGCUUUGGCAAGCUUUCUUUGCCAAUCCAGUGGACUGGUGGGAUAACAGGAGAAAUAAGAGGAACCCGAAAUACCCUGAUUUUAAGCAUAAGGACACCGGCGAAGCUUUGUGGAUUGAGGGCAAGUACAACCCGCCCUGGGUAAAGUCUCAGUUGGCUAUUUUGGACUCGAGGAUGAGUUCUCUGCAGGAUAAUGAAUCAAAACCUGCUGUCUCUUUCAUGUACACCGACGAGUUGACACCAUUUUAAUGUCAUCGGAUGCAAACUAUUGAUUUGCUCUGCAAGAGCCAAUUUUGCCUCCUCUGAUCAAGAACUUGCAGCUAGUUAAUAUCUCGAGAGGUAAGUUCACAUAUACUUCAAUGAGGUUUUGGAUUUGGCCCACCUGGGGAUUCUUCCUCUAUUUAUGAAUGGUCUGAAAGUUUUUUGUCGUUCAGGUAGAUGGUGUAAUGUUAAGCAAUUAUAAUUGUUGUCAUGUACAAAUAAUCUUUGUACUUGGGAAAUGGACUGGAAAGUUCUACUAUUGUAACUUAGUUUGAGAAGGAUCUGCAUUAUGAUGACUGGGAUAAGCUAUAGCUGCUUAACUCAAUUUGAUAUUUAAAUCAUGAGAUCAGUGUUGUAAACUGUUU